GCGAAGGCGCCGCGGCGUGGGCAAUUGGCAGCUCUCAGUUACUGCCGGCAGACCACUUCACGCGGAUUAUAUUACAAACAAUGCAUUCCAUAACGAUCGACGUCUCUCACCUGUUAUAAUUCAUUACCAUAUUUACAAUUUUAUUAAUGAUAAAACUCUUGAAUGAAACUUAUCAAAAUGUGGCUUCUAAUUCUUUUGUGUGUGGAUAUGAGUGCAACAGUUUGGAUAAAUAGCGAUAGUGACGACAGUGAUUAUUUUCGAAAAUGUUGUGGCAAAAAUGAAAUUCUAAAAAAAGUAACGGAGUAUAACUUAACAAUGCUCGAGUAUUAUGAGUGUGUGGAAGUGAGUUAUGCAAAUGAAAAAUAUAAUGUCUCGAUUUCUCCGCUUAUCAUUACUAAAGGUGUCGAAGUGCAAAAUGGUGUGCCUAGUGAUUGCGAAAAUUUCAAAGCUAUAACAAUAAAUAAUGCUGAAACAGAUAUUUACUCGUCAGAUAAUAUAUGUUAUGAUAGACUUGAUAUUGAAAUACUAAAUGGCAGUUUUGUAAAAAACAUUCCUAAGACAAUAGGCUUAAGUUGUAAUAAAAGCGAAGGUGCGAACAUUACUCGAUCUUCAUUAAAAAUUAAUCAAUUAAGGAAGUGCUGCCCAAGAGGACAACAGUUUGAUACAGAAUAUCACGUUUGUAGGGAAAGUUACGAAAAUUACGAGGAUGGGUGGCUAAAAGAUUUAAAUAUAAGUGAAAAUUAUAUUUAUGAGGUUGAAUAUGGAUUACGUUGUAAAUUAGACGAAUAUGCCUUGGAACUAACAGAAACCUUAUUUACAAUGACUGUAAACAAUAGUAGCCUAUUAGUAGUAAAUAAGAGUGACAAAGAGGAAAGAACAUUCUUGCCAGGAGAAUGGUGCAUGGACAGACUAUAUAAUGGCAAUGGGUUAGUCGCUCAAACGUGCACUCAAGACUGUAAAGGCUUUGGAGCUUUUGGCUUAAGAAAGUGCUGUCCACAAGGGCACCAUUUUAAAGUUCUCCGAUGUGGAAGUUUUAUAAGCGAAUGUGUUCCGGAUCGAGAUGAUAGUACUCUCUUUAAUAUUUCUACGUACACGGAUCCUUUGCGAAGCAAUUAUCAUGACUUAUUUGAUGUGAUGGGCAUCCGUGUUGGUUUGACUUGCCCUGCUGGAAGAUUUGGUCUAGACACGUCCAUACCUCAAGAUCAACAUCGACUCACGCCGGACGCGCACCUGGAGUCUGGCUGGAUUUUAACAAACACUUACUGCCUUGAAAUGUUCGAUCGUCGGGAUUGCCCGUCCCAUGACAUCACCAUCACUGCCGUUCUUUGUUUCCAACCAGCGCCCGAACAAAGCCAAAGAAAAGAUUAUCGCAUUUCCUCUGUGGUUAUUACAAUAUCGAGCGUGUGCCUGGGUCUGACUCUCAUAGUGUAUUGUGCUUUACCCGAACUGAGGAACCUCAACGGCCGAAACCUCAUCUGUCAUGUUAGCAUGAUGCUGCUGGCAUUCUCGUGUCUUGCUCGUGUACAACACAGUGCUGUUGAGAACUACCACCUGUGCACUUUCCUUGGGUAUGGAAUUUACUUCGGGUUUGUGGCGGCCUUUGCUUGGCUUAACGUCAUGUGCUUCGACAUCUGGUGGACAUUUGGGAGUGUCCGAACAGUGAAACCGUUGCGCAAAUCAGCGUCAGAGCGGCGUCGAUUUAUAUGGUACUCGUUAUAUGCAUGGGGAAUCACAGUUCUGCUUACACUAACCAUGUUUUUGCUGGACAGAUAUCCUGUAUCCAUAUAUCUGGAUGCUAAUAUUGGAAGUGGUGCUUGUUGGUUUGGCGCUGUUCAAAAUACGGAGACCGAUUGGCCUCACUACAUCUUCUUCGUUGUGCCUAUGGGUAUUGUGACGUGUACAAAUUUCAUCCUCUGGUUGCUGACGGCUCGCUACUGCGCCAAAGUGAAGUCGGAAGUUCAUCGCUUACAAGCCGGAUCAGUUGGAGAACGAGUAAAAAAACGAUUUCGUAUAGACCGAGCGAAGUACAUUUUGACCGGAAAGCUGUGGGUUGUAAUGGGAGCAGGAUGGGUAUCCGAGCUACUCUCCACAAUUGUGUCCGACCCCCAAUGGCUGUGGAACAUCGUAGAUCUCAUAAAUCAAUUGCAAGGAGUCUUUAUUUUUUUAAUACUUGUUGUGAAACCGAAGCUCUACUACGUCAUAAGAAAACGAUUAGGAUUGGAGAAACCGGACGCGCACAAAAAUGCUACUUCAUCUUCGGGACGAACAUCGUCCACCUUCCUUUCGAGAACAAUAAGUUCCGACGAACGAGCUAACCUAAGGAUAAGUAGACCGCAGAGUAUUAAAUAGAAUGAAUAAAAUGUAGUAUCUACUAUGGACCGAUUAAAUUUUACGUACAACGUAGGAGUAUUAAUAUGUUAUAAUUAAAUUGGCAUCAUAUGCAGCUAUAUAACUGUUGUAGCAGUUGACUAAGUCUUUAUUAUUUUAUAAUUACAACUUAAA